AUGUUCCCAUCUCACAGAGACGUUGUCCGCCCUCCCGUACCUGUGCUGCCUGGUGCUGCGCACGAUCUUCUUUUGGACCCCCUCGGUGUUAGAGUCGAUGCAAAUGGUGAAGUCGUGCUGUCUAUGUGCUCGGUCUGUAAACGCGAUCUAUCUAAAAGCAAGCUCCCGCGCCUUGCAUUAGCCAACAACAAUUAUCUAGGUCCAGUGCCCGCUGAGCUACAUGAUCUUACUGUUGUUGAGGAAGCAAUGAUCGCCCUCUGCCGCCCCAAGACGUGUAUUGUUCAGUUAUCGGAUCCGCAAGAGACCGCUCCGAUUUCCCACGCCACCGCGAACCUAAGGUCGAAAAACUACAGUAUUGGACCCAUCGCGACAUGCUUGCCCGCAUCUACCGAAGACAUCACUACCAUGAUAUGUGUAUUGUUUGUAGGUUCGACACCCCCGACGGCGGAAUGGAUGCAAACGCAUGCGAAACCCUUGCUUGUUCGUCGAGAGAAGGUACGCGCCGCUUUGCAAUGGCUUAAGCGGAACAAUCAUCACUAUAGACAUAUUCAAAUCGACGAUAUUGUUAUCAAUAACCUGCCCGUGUCAGGUAUCCUUCCC